AUGGAGAGUAGCACACAUAGCACAGCGGAUUUCGGACGGCUCGUUUGGAUUUCAGAUGACGUCGAUGGCUUCGUGGCGGCACGAAUCACGGAUAUCACUCAUAAUGGAUUCCAGUUGACAACAGAAUCCACGAAUCAAACGGUGACUCGUCGCUACGAGGAGACGUUCGCAUGUGAGGAGGAUCCGACGAAAUCGGUUGAGGAUAAUUGUGCAUUGGUUCAUUUGAACGAAGCCACUUUGCUCAAUAACUGCCGUUUGAGAUAUGCAAAUGGCAAGAUUUAUACGUAUGUCGCCAACAUUCUGAUCUCAAUCAAUCCAUAUCAAUUGAUUGAUAAUCUCUACUCGUCUGAAACAAUCAAAGAGUAUCGUGGAAAAUCUUUGGGUCAAAAAGAGCCGCACAUUUUUGCGAUCGCCGACAAAGCUUAUCGUGAAAUGCGUCGAAAUAAAACGUCUCAAUCGAUUAUCGUCUCUGGAGAAUCUGGUGCCGGAAAAACUGAAUCCCAAAAAGCUGUACUCAAAUAUUUGUGUGAAAAUUGGGGUUCGGAAGCGGGACCGAUUCAACAGAGACUUUUGGAAACCAACCCAAUUUUGGAGGCGUUCGGAAAUGCGAAAACGCUUCGAAACAACAAUUCGAGUCGAUUCGGAAAAUUUGUGCAGAUCCAUUUCUCGGAGAGUGGAUCCGUUGCCGGUGGAUUCAUUUCACACUACUUGCUGGAGACGUCUCGUGUGUGUCGUCAGUCAUCUGGAGAGAGAAACUAUCACAUUUUCUAUCAACUCAUCGCUGGCGCAUCACCAGAUUUGUAUGAGAAAUUGAGAUUGGCGCCAGCCAGCAAGUUUAAUUACCUGAAACACGGUGCAACAAUGUUCUUCGCCAACUCAAAAUCGUCACCGAAAAUCGCUUCGGAUCGUUUCUCGGAAACCGAUACCGUAUCUGAUUCGAUUAUCAGUGAUAUCGAUGAUUUUGCAAAACUCGAGAAAGCAUUGGGACUAUCUGGACUUGGAAAUUCAGAGAAGAUGUUCAUUUGGUCGACGAUCGCUGGAAUCCUUCAUCUUGGAAAUAUUGAAUUUGAGGAGAAUUCGAAUGAUAGUCGUGGUGGAUGUCGGAUCACUGGAGACGCGGAGAAUUCAUUGAUGAGUGUUUCUGAAUUGUUGGGUUUGGAGCCAGAAGAAUUGAGAAUGGGACUGUGUGCAAGAAUCAUGCAAGCAACGAAAGGAGGCGUCAAGGGUACAUUGAUUCGAGUUCCAUUGAAGGCUUACGAAGCGGCAGCUGGAAGAGAUGCACUGGCAAAAGCGAUUUAUUCGAAAUUGUUUGAUUGGUUGGUGGCUCAAAUCAAUAAGAGUAUCCCAUUCGAGAAGAGUUCUGCAUACAUUGGAGUAUUGGAUGUGGCUGGUUUCUACUUUGCUGUCAACUCUUUUGAACAAUUCUGCAUCAAUUUCUGCAAUGAGAAACUUCAACACUUUUUCAACGAGCGGAUUCUGAAGCAAGAACAAGAGAUGUACGAAUCGGAAGGUCUCAACAUCCAGAAGAUUGAAUUCUCGGACAAUCAAGACUGUAUUGAACUGUUUGAGAAGAAGCCAUGUGGAUUGUUUGAUCUACUUGAUGAGGAGGCAAAAUUGCCACGUGCCACAUUCCAGCACUUCACUCAACGAGCUCAUGAAUCGAAUAAGGGACACUUCCGUUUGGAUGCACCGCGCAAGUCGAAAGUCAAGUCUCAUAGAGAGAUGAGAGAUGAUGAGGGAUUGUUGAUUCGACAUUAUGCUGGAACUGUUUGCUAUGAGACGAGAUAUUUCGUGGAGAAGAAUAACGAUCAGCUGCACAAUUCGUUGGAAAUGCUCAUUGAGCAAUCAUCAUUCCCCCUGAUUGUUGCCCUAUUCCAAAAUGAAUCCUCCACUGGUGCAGUUAAAACGGGCGGUCGCCUGAAAGCUGUCAGCGUUGGCGCCAAAUUCAAAUCUCAAUUAUCGUCUCUUCUCGACAAACUGAAUAACACGGGUACCCAUUUCGUUCGUUGUGUCAAACCGAACAGCCAAAUGAAAGCGUGGCAGUUUGAUGGUUCGGCGAUUCUCGGACAGCUUCAAUGUGCCGGAAUGGCGUCGGUGCUUCGUCUGAUGCAGGAAGGAUUCCCGAGUCGUACGUCGUUUUCCGAUUUGUAUUCAAUGUAUGAGAAGAGUCUGCCACCGAGUUUGGCACGUUUGGAUCCGAGAAUGUUCUCGAAAUGCUUGUUCCGUGCGUUGGGUCUGGAUUCGCACGAUUUUCAGUUUGGAAACACCAAAGUGUUCUUUAGAGCCGGAAAGUUUGCUGAGUUUGAUCAGAUGAUGAAGCAAGACCCGGAUACCAUGAUGGAAUUGAUCUCAAAAGUCACCGAUUGGCUCAUCAAGGCUCGUUGGAGAAAGGCUCAGUAUGGAACGUGGAGUGUUAUCAAGCUGAAGAACAAAAUCCUGUACCGUGCUGACAAGAUCAAGAAGAUCCAGGCGUGGAUGAGAGGAUAUUUGGUCCGCAAACGUUUCCAUAAAAGACUUGCCGUCUACCGCAAAGCAUGUGCUCUUCUCGAACAUUCUCGUGAGAUGACUGACAUUUUGGCUCGUAUGAACGAGACGAGUCAGGACAAAUGGAGACAAGCGGCCGAUUCGACGACUUCCGAACUCGAAGAGCUCGUCAAGCGGAUCAAAAACGACGAUUUGGAGGAGGAGAUUGAUCGAGCUGUCAAGUGUUACGAGGAGUGUGUCGCCAGAGUUGAUUCGAUUAUUGCCGAUUUGAAACAACAAUUGGAAAAUGACGAACUCGCUGAGGUGGAGCGUGCACGCCGAGAAGCCGAAGAGAAGGAACGUCGCGAGCUGGAGGAGAAGGCCGCUGCGGAGCAGGAGAGACUUUUACGUCGCAAGAUGGAGGAGGAGCGUGAGAAGGCGCAAAAAGAGUACGAGAUGCAACUGGAACUCGAGAAGCAGAAGGAAGCGGCAGAGGCUGAAGAGGAACAGAAGAGACGUGAUCAUGAGGAGAGAGAUCGUCUCGAUGCAAUUGUCUCGGCUCGUUUGGCUUUGUCGGAUGGCGUGGCACUGGUUGCUCAGGAGAAUGGAGCGCAGAAACAGCAAACACAGUCAAAAUAUGAUUUGGGUAACUGGAAGUAUGCGGAUCUUCGUGAUGCAAUUAAUACGAGUAACGAUAUGGAACUGUUGGUGGCAUGCAAAGAGGAAUUCCAUCGUCGUCUUCGCAUCUACAACGAGUGGAAAUCGAAGAAUUCGGCGAAUCGAGAUGUUCCACCGACGCGUGCUCCAUUGACAGUCUACAGUCAACAAAAACCGAGCUCAUCAAUGAUGGUGUCUCGUGUCCAGGCGGCUCCUCAUCUCAAUCCGGCGUUGACUCAACAACGCUAUUUCAAGGUCUCGUUUGCGACGGACAAUAGGAAAAAUGGCGGAUCCCAAUCCGGCAUGUGGUAUGCCCAUUUCAACGGACAAUACAUUCGUCGUCAGUUGACAAUUCGUCCGUCUCAAAAACCACAACUACUCGUUUCCGGCAAAGAUGAUUUGCAAAUGUGUGAACUGCCAUUGGAGCAGACUGGUCUUCUCAGAAAAAAGGGUGCCGAAAUUUCGGCGAACGAUUUCGAAACCAUGUGGUAUCACUUUGGAGGAAAACCAAUUGUUGAGUGGACUCCAUAG